AUGUCUAACGAUGGCAAUACCCAAAUCUCCCCUUCUUUCAUCCCGUCGCCCCCCGUCAUUCCACCCCCGCUUGCCCGCCCUACCAGGUGGCAGUGCCUCGCCUUCCCCUUGGCCAGCAGCCCAGGGGAUGAUGGCAAUACCCAUAUUUUCACUUUUCUCAUCCCGUUGCCCCCCGUCACCCUCCGUUGCCCCCCGUCACCCGCCGUUGCCCCCCGUCACCCUCCAUUGCCCCCCGUCACCCUCCGUUGCUCCUCGUCACCCUGCCCACGCUUGCUCCCCCUACUAGGUGGGUGUGUUCGAGAUGGCAGCACGCGGCAUGGUGGCAGUGUGCCCCACCCCAGCCUCGCCUUCCUUUUCUUUGCCUCUCUUUUCCUCCGAUCACCUUCCUUCCUUCCACUCUCACACUGCCAGGUGGGUGUGUUCGAGAUGGCAGCACAGGGCAUGGUAGCAGUACCCAACCCCAGCCUCACCUUCCUCCUGUUCACUCAAAAGUCUCUUAUUCCCAACCAUCACCCUCUCUACCCCUACUCCCAGGUGGGAGUGUUCGAGAUGGCAGCACAGGGCAUGGUGGCAGUGCCCAACCCCAGCCUCGCCUUCCUCCCGGCCAGCCGCACGCGGGGCAGUGCAGCUGUUGCCGUAGUCAUGCAUGGCAGCAGGCCGCUGCUGCUGGAGGUGCAGGAAGUAUGCAGCACUGUGGGCAGUGCAGCGGUGGCCGUGAUGCACGGCAGCAGACCACUGCUGCUGCAGGUGUGUGGGUGUGGGUGUGAUAUGAUGCUAUGUGGGAGGUCGAGUGCGCCACUGAAGGCAGUGCAGCAGUGGCUGUGGGCCCUGUGCGUAAAAACCAUUCCCAACAUCCCACCCAUCAAGUCCGCCAACGGAGUGGACAUGCAUCGCCAACGGAGUGGACAUGCAUCGCCAACGGAGUGGACAUGCAUCGCCUCACCAUCCUCACCACAAUCCUCAUAUCCCCUCCUGCUUUCCCGACACCAGGCGCUGUGUGUGAAGGCCAUCCCCAACAUACUGCCCACCAAGACCGCCAAUGGGGUGGACAUGUACCGCCUCACCAUCCACAAGUCUUUCCUCGCUUCGCCUCUAUUCUACCAUAUCCAUGUCUCCCUGUCUUCAACUCACCAGGCCCUAUGCGUGAAGGCCAUCCCCAACAUCCCGCCCACCAAGACCGCCAAUGGGAUGGACAUGUACCUUCUUUCUCACCAUCCUCAGGUCCUCGCGUCCUUGUGUCCUCGUUCUCUUCCUGUCCCCUCUUUUCCCUCCCACCAGGCCCUGUGCGUAAAAGCCAUCCCCAACAUCCCACCCACCAAGACAGCCAACGGGGUGGACAUGUACCGCCUCACCAUCCUCACCAAGAUCAUGCGUCACAUCGGCCUGCCUAUUGGCUCUAAGGAUGUGGUGGUGAAUGUGGUGGGGGGCAUGCAGGUGAAGGAGCCUGCUGCUGACCUCGCCAUUGCUGUUGCCAUCGCCAGCAGUCUAUACGAGAGCCCGGUGCCAGCAGACACGGCCUUCAUUGGCGAGAUUGGGCUCAACGGGGAGUUGAGAGGGGUGAUUCAGCUGGAUCGGCGUGUGAAUGAGGUGGCCAAGCUUGGGUUUUCUCGUUGUGUUGUGCCAGCAAAGCAGUGGAAAGGGCAAGCAGCACCCAGUGGAUUGGCCCCAGCGCACGCUGCUGACGUGGAUCUGUCCCCUGCUGAGCUGGAGGCGGCAGUGCGGCGAGCAGUGGCGAAGGUGGUAACCAGAGCUAAGGCGCCUGGCGCGCUGAGGAUCGUGUUUCACGACGCCGGCACGUACGACCUGGCGACCAACACAGGAGGAAUGAACGGCUCAGUGCGCUUUGAGUUGAAGCGGCCAGAAAACGACGGGCUCAAGCGUACCAUCAAGGUGCUUGAGAAGGCUCGCCUGGAGCUCGGGCCCCUGGCAAAUGUGGUGUCCUGGGCGGACCUCAUGGCAGUGGCGGGGGCAUACGCAGUGGAGUCGUGUGGGGGGCCGCACAUCCCUGUGCGCAUGGGCAGGCGCGAUGCCAGUGGACCCGACCCUGAGAACCGCAUGCCAGCAGAGACGCUGAACGCCAAGGAAGUGGUAGCGAGCUUCAAGUCGAAGGGCUUCAGUCUACAAGAGACGGUGUGUCUACUGGGAGCGCACACACUGGGAGGGAAGGGCUUUGGCGAUGCCACCAGCUUUGACAACGCCUACUACUCCAUUCUGCUUACCAAGCCGUGGCUCGACACGAGUGAGUGCAUGAAGCUGUGCCUGCCUGCCCUGCUCUCUCUUCGCACAGUCUCCAUGCACCUACCUGUGAAAUCUAUGGCAGGGAACAGCAUGGCGGACAUGAUCGGGUUGCCAUCAGCCACGACCGAGCAUGACUGGAACAGCAUGGCGGACAUGAUCGGGUUGCCAUCGGACAAGGCUAUUGUGGCCGAUGAAGAUUGCCUCGUGUGGAUCAACAAGUACGCCAGCAAUCAGGAUCUCUUCUUCCGGGACUUUGUGCCGGCCUACACCAAGAUGGUCAACAGUGGGGCCGUGUGGGCAUGA